AGAAAAAGAUGAUAAAGCUUCUGUAUAACACUACUCAAUUAAUAAAUAAUUUCCUUGGUAUAAAGCAAGGUAGCCUUCUGAUAUUAUGCAAAGUUGGAGACAUCUCGUCUCCUUUAUUGACUUCAUCAUCAAGAAAAGGACCUUCCAUUGGACAAAUUCUUCUACCACUACUUGUUCAUCACACAGCUGAAGGUUGCCUGAGAUGAGGAAAAUAUGGGUUGAGAUGUGCUUAAUUUCAGGUCGAGGACUCCGGCGCAAGUCGUCCCUUUUUAAGUUACAAUGGUUGGCAGUUGGAUGGAUUGAUCCUGGCAACCAGUAUUGCACCAAGAUUGAUGCUUCAGGGAACAACAAUCCAGUUUGGAAAACUAAGUUUUCAUUUGCUGUAGACACUUCUGAACCAAACUUUCAAGAUUUGGCCCUUCAUGUUGAAGUUUACAGUAGAGAACCAAUCUUUCUUAGGCAAAGUCUCCCGGGAUCCGCAACUCUUGUUUUGAAAGAAUUUAUGGACAAAUACAUUGGUAGUUCUGAGGUUCCAAAGCCUGUUGAAGAAGUAGGGAGUUUUCAGCUGAGAAAAAUUAACUCCAACAAACCUCAAGGAUUUGUUGAUAUCUCAAUCCUUAUAUCGGAGGAAAGGAAAGAUCCCGGUCCAUCCUCUCUAGAUAAUUCUUUCUAUCGGGACCACGAUGGGGCGGGGCAAAUUGCCAUUACUAAACUCAUGGAUCACAGUGGUGAAAUUAAGCUGGUUAGUCGAUAUGAACCCCAAGGUAAUAACCAGCCACAACUGCCCCAGACACAACCCCAACAACUAGCAAGCCAUCCACUGACAAAUAGCCAAUGUGUCCAUCCAAUGCCAAUGCCUACAAAUUAUUCCCAGCCACCAAACUAUCCACCGGUUGGUGGACCAAGCUAUCAACCACCUCGAACGCCACCACUGCCGCCGCCUUCUAAUGUUGGUUAUGUACCGACGUUCCUCCCAAGAACAAGUAAUCUGCCGCCUAGUUAUGUAAAUAUGCCAUCUUCUACAAGACCACCAGGAACAGGAAGGGGUGGGCCUGGUUUCGCAAUGGGGGUAGGAGCAGGAGCAUUAGCAGCUGGUGCUAUGAUAUUCGGUGAUGAUUUCAUGUCAGGAUUUGAUUUUUCUGGUGGCUUACAAGAUGCUAGUCUUACCAUAUCAGCUAAUCCUCCUUUUUAGAAAUGCUAUAUCAUUAUUCAUUCGUACUGUAUCAGCGGCUGUAACUUUGAAUGUUUCUUUGUUGAAAACUCUAUAUAUGUAAUUACAUGUGCAAGAAUAUAUAAACGUGAAUCUUGGAAACA